GUUUUCUAAAUCAAUAGCAAAAUGGCGGCCACCAUGAAGAAGACAGUUGCAGUUGAAGAUGUCAAUGUCACAUUUGAGGACCAGAAGAAGAUCAAUACAUUUGCCAGAAACACGAAUCGAAUGACAGAAUUCAAAGAUGAAAUAGAGGCAAAAAAGAAAUCUCUACAGAAUCUGCAGGAUGCCAGUGAUGACCUGAUGAUGGCUGAGGAUGACACUCUGCUCGUCCCGUAUCAGAUUGGCGACGUCUUCAUCAGUCACACCCAGGAAGAGACCCAAGAGAUGUUGGAAGCUGCAAAGGAACAACUGCAGCAGGAGAUCAAAGACCUAGAAGGGAAGGUGUCGGCGAUACAGCAGGUGUUGGGUGAUCUGAAGGUCCAGCUUUAUGCCAAGUUUGGGAACAACAUCAACCUGGAGGCAGAUGAAAGCUGAGUGCUUUCUAAUGUGCAGACUUUAGCCUGGUCCCAGAUCUGUUUGUGCUGUUUAGCGUGACACUGAAUCAAUGAUUAUGAUUAUAGGAGUUGGCAAGAUGCCACAAACAGUCCUGGGAUCAGGCUAAGAGGGCAACUCUUUACACAUGGACUUUUCAUGCAGCUCACAUAUUAUCCAAUCCACACAGUGCCGACAGGAUGCUUGCCAAACCAACGUGUUUAUCCUUUUCUCAAUAUCAACAUGAUUUUUCUCAGCAAUGGUUUACAAUGGUGUAUUGUCUUAUUUUGUAUGAAUGUUGGUGAAUGUAUCCCAUUUUACUUUGAAGACUCGUUUUGGUGGUUUGUUUCCCCCUGUACUUGCACUGGGUCUUCCUAUGGACUGACACAAAAUACGUCAUUGUACAGUAGACGGCCAUAAAGGAAAAACAACCCAAGGAAAUAUAUUUUGGGUGUUGGAGCUGAAGAAACUGGAGUUUGUUUGUUUAUUUGGAUCUCCAUUAGCUUUUGCAGAAGCAUUAGGUACUCUUCCUUGGGUCCACAAACAACAUGACAAGGACAGCCACAUACAUUUUAAAAUACAACGAUACAAACAAUACAACAAAAAAAAAGAAUACAAACAAAACCGUUUGUGGUUGAAGAAAAGAAGGGAGCAGAGGCAGCCACUCUUAAGACCCCAACAUGUAGGCAACUGUAUGUGUAUACCCC